AUGGCUGGAGACGAUAUCUUUUCUGAAACUCCCAAUAGUGGCAGCGGCACCAGUGGCACCUCCUCUGAUGAAUAUGCAAAUCCGCUAUUCCUCCAUCAUUCAGACCAUCCUGGUCUCAUCCUCGUCUCCAAGAAAUUGACAGGAGACAAUUACAACUCAUGGUGUCGCGUCAUGAGGAUCUCCUUGAGUGCGAAGAAUAAGACCAAAUUCAUCACCGGUGCAAUCAAAGAACCCUCUGCAAUCAAGAAACCAGAGGAACAUGCUCUAUGGCAGCGAUGCAAUGACAUGGUCUUGUCCUGGAUUCUCAAUUCUCUUGAACCAGACCUUGCUGAUUCGGUCCUCUCCUGCACAACACCUCAUGCUACUUGGGAAGAUCUCAGGGAAUGCUUCGCCUUGGGAAAUGCCCCACGUAUCUUCCAGGUUCAAAGAGACAUCUACAAGAUUGAACAAGGCCAGUUGUCAAUCGCUGCUUAUUAUACCAAGUUGAAAGCACUUUGGGACGAACUUGCCUCAUACAAUACAGUGGAGAAUUGCACUUGUGGGGCACAGAAUGACCGCACCAAACUCAUGCAAUUCCUUAUGGGCUUGAACGAAUCAUAUGCAGGUACUCGUGGUCAAAUUUUGCUAAUGAAUCCAUUACCUUCCGUGCGACAGGCCUAUGCUUCAGUAACUCAGGAAGAGAAGCAGUGA